CGAGAGAGAACCAUGAAGCCACCGCCCCAUUCUUCGCGCAACAGCAGAACCGCCAGUCGGCUAGCCACCCCACCACCAUUCGGUCCAGCGCUCGUGAUCAUCGUCCUCUCGCUGCUGGCCUCUCUCGCCAGGCCAUGCAGCGAGCGGGACAAGGCCUCCUUGCUCCAGUUCGUGGCCGAGCUCGCCCACGACGGCGGGCUCGCCGGCUCGUGGAAGAGCGGCAGCACGGAGGAGGACUGUUGCAGAUGGGAGGGCGUCGCCUGCGGUCCGGACCGGACGGUGACCGGCGUCUUCCUGCCGUCCAGAGGCCUUCAGGGCCGCGUCUCACCGUCUCUCGCCAACCUCGCCGGCCUCGUGAGCCUCAACCUGUCCAACAACUUGCUCUCCGGAGGCCUACCGCCGGGCCUCUUGGCCUCCGGCAGCGUCGUCGUGCUUGACGUCAGCUUCAACAUGCUCAGCGGGGACUUCGGUCACCACCAGCCUUCGUCCCGGUGGCCUGCUCUGCAGGUACUCAACAUCUCGAGCAACUUGUUCUCAGGGCUGUUCCCGUCCACCAUCUGGGAGGCGGCGGAGAGUCUGGUUGCGCUCAACGCUAGCAACAACAGCUUCAGCGGCCAGAUACCAGCUAGCAGCCUAUGUGCCAGCGCCAGCGCGCCGUCCUUGGCCUCGCUUCAUCUCAGCUACAACCAGUUCAGCGGACGGAUCCCUUCGGGUCUCAGUAAUUGCUCCUUGCUCAAGUCUCUCGACGCUGGGAACAACGACCUAACUGGCACUCUUCCUGAUGAGCUCUUCACCCUUACCCUGCUGGAGCACUUGUCUUUACCUAACAAUCAGCUGGAAGGGUCAAUCGGUGGCAUAAGCGAGCUCAGAAACCUGGUGGUCCUUGAUCUUGGAGGGAACAGUUUCAGUGCCAGCAUCCCUGAGUCCAUAGGCAAACUCGAGAGGUUAGAGGAGCUCCAUCUGGACGACAACAGCAUGUCCGGUGAGCUCCCGUCUACUCUAAGCAACUGCACAAGUCUCGUGGUCGUUGACCUCAGGAAUAACAGCUUCAGUGGAGAACUCAGCAACGUCAAUUUCUCCAAGCUACCCAAUCUAAAAACCUUGGAUCUUUUGCGGAACAACUUCAGUGGCACAAUCCCACUAAGCAUCUACACAUGCCGCAAACUGACAGCACUGCGGCUCUCUUCGAAUAGGUUCCACGGCCAGUUGUCGGAAAGAAUCGGCAAUCUCAAGUCCCUCACGUUUCUGUCCCUUGUUAACAACUCCAUUUCAAACAUCACAGGAGCGCUCCAGACCCUAGGGAGGUGCAGCAGCCUGACCACCUUGUUUAUUGGGCACAACUUCUUGAACGAGGCCAUGCCAGAUGACGAUAGAAUCGAUGGCUUUCAGAAGCUUCAGGUCCUUGCCUUAAACCACUGCUCAUUAUCUGGAAAAAUACCUUCUUGGUUAUCGAAGCUCACGAAUCUGGAAGUUUUACUUCUGUACGGAAACCAACUAACCGGAUCCGUACCAGGCUGGAUCAACAGCCUAAAGUUCCUAUUCCACAUAAAUCUAUCGAACAACAGUCUUGUUGGGGAAAUUCCAACAGCCUUAGUGGAUAUGCCAAUGCUAAAAGCAGACAAGGUAGAACCAAAGGCCUUCGAGCUGCCUGUUUAUAAGAGCCAGCAGCGACAAUUCCGCAUGCCUAUAUCUUUCUCGACGACACUGAAUUUAGGCAUGAAUAACUUCAUCGGCGUGAUCCCUGAAGAGAUUGGUCAGUUAAAGGCGCUGCUUACACUCUACUUGAGCUACAACGACUUCACUGGACCAAUCCCACAGUCGAUCUGCAACCUCACAAACCUCGAGUCACUGGAUUUGUCUAGCAACCAUCUAACAGGCGCGAUCCCAACGGCACUAAACAAUCUGCAUUUCCUUUCUAAGUUUAAUGUCUCCGACAACGACCUCGAAGGGCCUAUCCCAACCACUGGCCAGCUCAGCACAUUUCCAAGCUCUAGCUUCGAGGGCAACCCAAAGCUGUGUGGUCCUAUGCUUGCCCGUCAUUGUGGUUCCGCAGAAGCACUUGUCUCCACAAAACAGACUGAAGACAAGGUCCUGAAGGUCAUCUUUGCAAUCGCCUUUGCUGCAUUCUUUGGUGUAGGGGUGUUGUAUGAUCAGACAGUAUUAUCAAAGUUUUUUUGGCUAUAGUGUGCUACCUCAGUACACAUGCUGGCUU